CCGAAGACACGUCACCAGCGUCACGUCACGGAAGUGACGCCUGGCGCGUUGGGCCGCGUGACGGACACAAAUGUCACUCAUGUCUUUCUUGCCGACGACACCGCUCCGGGGGCUGGACAGUCACGGCGUGGGCGGCAGCUCUCAAGUCUUUCAAGGCAGCACCACCAUGACCAUGGCCAUGACCGCGGCGUCCACGGUGUGGGCCCCGACGCCGGCGAGCACGCCCGAUGACCUGUGGCUGUGCCUGGCCAGCGAGGAGCCGGACGACGGCGUCUUCUCCGUGCUCAACCUGGACCACGACCGCUUCCUCGAGGAGCUGGACCAGGAGAAGGCGGUGAAUGCCGUCGGCGCCGUGUGCGGUCGCCUGGCUGCCAUGAAAACACAGCCGGAUGCAGCGGGGGGCGACAACAACGCCCCGGGGUCGCCGGUAACCCCCGGUAAAUCCACCGGCAAAACCUCCGGCGCCGACGCGGCCUCUGGCGGGGAUGGCGGGGACUUGAAGGGCUGUUCGAGGCGGGCGUGCAAGUCGGGCUUGUUGGAGCGGAUGCGGAGCCGGAUGGCAGCCGACGUGUCGCGCGGCAGGGGCUGCAGCUUGCUGCGCGCCAACAUCAACGCCGUGCGCAGGCUGAGGAGCAGCCCGGUGGUCUCGGCUGGCUGUGGCCGCGAGGGUCGCGAGGGCCGCGAGUGGCGGGCCGCCGCGGUGCUGCAGGCCGCGUGGCGGCGCUUCGUCCUGCGCCACGCCUUCCUGCACCUGCGCGAGGUGGUGCGCCAGUUCGCGGCCAGCGGGACGCGGGGCGCGCUGCAGUCCGUCAACCCCAGGGAGGCGCACCUCGCCGACGCGGCCAGCGACAUCGUGGUGCGUUUCAGGCUGGCGGGGGAUGACUCCUCCCUGCUGCCCGUCCUGGUCUACAAGAUGUUCACGCGCCGCCCGGUCGUGGACGUGUGCCGCGGCUGCUGCGGGCGCCUCCUUGACUGCAGCGGUGCGGGGGCGGCGGCGUACGCCACGGCUGCCGCGGGGACCACCACCGCGCGCUCUGCCCCCGCCGCCCCCGCCGCCCGCAGCUGCGUCGGGUGCCGGUCUCAAAGCGUGUGCUGCCUGCUGUUCGCCUCCUACAAGCGCGUCGAGAACAACGACUGGCGGCACUGCCACCUGGGGCUGUUCGAUCCGGAGCGCUGCCCCGCCAGGGGCGUGCCAAGGGGCGGCGUGGCCAGGACCGCCGCCAAGCGCAGGCCCGCCAAGCGAGCCACCCCAGGCACCGCCCCAGGCGCCCUGAGCGCGGCGGCUUCCUGGACCGCCACAGCGACCGCCACAGUCGCCGCCAAAAAGAAGCUCUCCGUGCAGGAGAAGGAGCGCCUCGCCAAGAUCACCCUGCUGCGCAAGCUGUAUGGCUACGGCCAGGGCGACGAGAUAGUGUGCCCGCCGCCAUCUCCGUCCCUCAGCUCCAAGCGGCCGUCGCUCCUCCAGGACGACGACGUUCUGACGGUCGUCCCGGUGCCGGACCUGCCGGACCUCGCGGGGCAGCACGUCGAGUCCGCCGCGGAGCCGGCGACGGGCCGCGCAAGGGACGCGCGGUGUCCAGAGCAGCCCGACGAGCAGACGAGAGUCAGCGACGCGUACUACGACCGCCUCAUGGCCUCAUGGGGGCUGUGAACCACUGUGACCCGCCAUGCACUUCAUGGCCGGGAAAGUCAUACUUGUCUCUUCGAGUCAAAUUCACGUUACCUCACCAGGAUCGGCGUCGCAAUGAGCAGCCGAAAUAUACCGAUAAAAUAUAUAGUUUGUAAUACGCAGUUACGAGUUUUAUUUGGGUCAGAAAGGGUCGGGGUUGUCGGGAUCUGCUACACGGCGUCUGCUUGGCGUCUGCUUGGCGUCUGCUCGUCUACUGCCGUCUCGGCUCGGAAGGGGGCGCUUCGGUCGACGGCCACUGGCCACUCCCGCCGGAGCUGCGGAGCCAAGCCGUCGCUCCCCGACAACGACAGUCGUCCGUAGCUCGCGGCCUGCCCUGCAGGGCCUCCUCUCCGAUCCAGCGACGCGGCGUGGCAGGACAGUGCUCCGGUUUUGACAACUCGUCGUUUAUUUUCGUCGUGGAGGGUAUUGAAGAGCGUGAAAGAGAAAA